AUAUUAUAUCACAAAGAAAAACAUACUAUAUUUAUAGCAUAAUGGUAUUUUGGAUUAGUGCAUUUAUUUUUGUUUUCCCGUUAGUAAACUUGUAAAUCGAGAUUGCAGUGACUGUUCAUCCUGCUGUAGUUUUGUGGUAGUGUGGUGCACUGGCGCGUCAUAUUGCGCAAUGCAUUCGUGAAUCUCAGACCCUACUCGUUGUGUACUUGUGUUAUAAUUUAAAUAUAUUAGUCUUAACUCUUAAAUAUAAUUUCGACAACCUCAGUUCAUCACUAAAUAAUUUAUGUGCUGAACAAUAUUUAACUACAUAAUAUAUUAUCUAGAGUUUAGAUUUAUUUAUUGUUGUAUUACGUACAUGCUUCGACGCAAUAUUGUCGUUGAUAGUUGAAAGUCUACAUUUAAACGCCUUAUACAAAAUAAUCUAAUAUCUUAGACCGUUACAACUUGCAAUGAACAUUUACUUGGCGAAGGCAUCAAAACCGCUCUGUUCCAUAAAUUCAAUCGCAAUGAGUUUCAACAGGUACAAAAAUGAUGGUUUGGGUAAUUUGGGUAGUGGCGCUGGAAAAGGCGGAGGUGGUGGAGGUUCUAUUCGAGAAGCAGGUGGUGCUAUGGGUGAACGUGAAGCUGCUAACGAAGAAGAAUAUUUUUACAUACAGCAACGGCAACAGGUAGACAAAAUUAAAAAGGAUAUUGAAUUUCGAAAAGCUGAAAUAGAAAAAAACUUUGAUGAAAUCAAUAAAGCUAAAGUUGAAUUGGACAAGAUAACAAAAAAACCAUAAACAACUACGUACUUACCUAUUUUUUUUUUAUGAUUAUUAAACUAGAAUUAAGAAUUUACACAAAUAUUUUGUCUUAGUAAAACUAUAUUCUUAUACAUUCAAAUAUAAAUGUUUAUAUUUUUAUUUAACCUUAUCUGGUGUAUAA